AUGACCAGUCCCUACAUGGCACUAGCCCUUGGUCCAUACAUGGCACUAGCCCUUGGCAAUGUGCGUUGGCACGAACGUCAAGAGGAGAUUCGUCGUGAUCAAGCUCUCCUCAAGGCCCUCCAAGCCAAGCUAUCUGGCAAGGCUUCGUCUUCACCCUCUCUCUCGUCUGGCUCUUUGGCCACCCCGGCUUCGACUUCAUCUAACUCGACCAAGACUUCGCCUCAGUCGGCCGCGGAAAAGCUCAAGCCUGAGGAGCGUGCCCGCCGUAUCAAGGAAAGCCUUUGUAUGCCUCUCAGCAGGAGUGCCUGA